AUGAAGCUUGAAAAACGCGAGGGCCGCCGCCGUCGCAAUGCGCAAUGCGGCCACCCUGCCGGGCGCAUUGCGACGAUCCGCCACCGUGAUGCGCUAACCCGCCGCUCUCAUACGCUCUCAUUCCCUCUCACCCACUCUCUUACGCUCUCAUUCCCUCUCACCCACUCUCUUACACUCUCAUUCCCUCUCACCCACUCUCAUACCCUCUCAUUCCCUCUCACCCACUCUCAUACGCUCUCAUUCCCUCUCACCCACUCUCAUACGCUCUCAUUCCCUCUCACCCACUCUCAUACGCUCUCCUUCCCUCUCACCCACUCUCAUACGCUCUCAUUCCCUCUCACCCACUCUCAUACGCUCUCAUUCCCUCUCACCCACUCUCUUACGCUCUCAUUCCCUCUCACCCACUCUCAUACGCUCUCAUUCCCUCUAACCCACUCUCAUACGCUCUCAUUCCCUCUCACCCACUCUCAUACGCUCUCAUUCCCUCUCACCCACUCUCAUACGCUCUCAUUCCCUCUCACCCACUCUCAUACGCUCUCAUUCCCUCUCACCCACACUCAUACGCUCUCAUUCCCUCUCACCCACUCUCAUACGCUCUCAUUCCCUCUCACCCACUCUCAUACGCUCUCAUUCCCUCUCACCCACUCUCUCACGCUCUCAUUCCCUCUCACCCACUCUCAUACGCUCUCAUUCCCUCUCACCCACUCUCAUACCCUCUCAUUCCCUCUCACCCACACUCAUACGCUCUCAUUCCCUCUCACCCACACUCAUACGCUCUCAUUCCCUCUCACCCACUCUCACACUCUCUCAUUCCCUCUAACCCACUCUCAUACGCUCUCAUUCCCUCUCACCCACUCUCAUACGCUCUCAUUCCCUCUCACCCACUCUCAUACUCUCUCAUACGCUCUCAUCCACACUCAUACGCUCUCAUUCCCUCUCACCCACUCUCAUACUCUCUCAUUCCCUCUCACCCACUCUCAUACUCUCUCAUACGCUCUCAUCCACUCUCAUCCACUCUCAUACGCUCUCAACCCCUCCCAUCCCCUCUCAUCCCCUCUCAUCCCCUCUCACACACUCUCAUUCCCUCUCACCCACUCUCAAAUGCUCUCAUUCCCUCUCACCCACUCUCAUACGCUCUCAUUCCCUCUCACCCACUCUCAUACGCUCUCAUUCCCUCUCACCCACUCUCUCACGCUCUCAUUCCCUCUCACCCACUCUCAUACGCUCUCAUUCCCUCUCACCCACUCUCAUACGCUCUCAUUCCCUCUCACCCACUCUCAUACUCUCUCAUUCCCUCUCACCCACUCUCAGACUCUCUCAUUCCCUCUCACCCACACUCAUACGCUCUCAUUCCCUCUCACCCACUCUCAUACGCUCUCAUUCCAUCUAACCCACUCUCAUACGCUCUCAUUCCCUCUCACCCACACUCAUACGCUCUCAUUCCCUCUCACCCACUCUCAUACGCUCUCAUUCCCUCUCACCCACUCUCAUACGCUCUCAUUCCCUCUCACCCACUCUCAUACUCUCUCAUUCCCUCUCACCCACUCUCAUACUCUCUCAUACGCUCUCAUCCACUCUCAUCCACUCUCAUACGCUCUCAACCCCUCCCAUCCACUCUCAUCCCCUCUCAUCCCCUCUCAUACACUCUCUUUCCCACUCAUCCCCUCUCGUCCUAUCUCACACACUAUCAUUCCCUCUCAUUCACUCUCAUCUACUAUCAUACACUCAUAUUCACUCUCAUCCACUCUCAUCCCCUCUCAUCCCCUCUCAUCCACUCUCAUCCCCUCUCAUCCACUCUCGUUCCCCCUCACACACUCUCAUUCCCUCUCAUACACUCUCGUACCCUCUCACCCACUCUCAUACGCUCUCAUUCCCUCUCACCCACUCUCAUACGCUCUCAUUCCCUCUCACCCACUCUCAUACUCUCUCAUACGCUCUCAUCCACACUCAUACGCUCUCAUUCCCUCUCACCCACUCUCAUACUCUCUCAUUCCCUCUCACCCACUCUCAUACUCUCUCAUACGCUCUCAUCCACUCUCAUCCACUCUCAUACGCUCUCAACCCCUCCCAUCCCCUCUCAUCCCCUCUCAUUCCCUCUCACCCACUCUCAUACUCUCUCAUACGCUCUCAUCCACACUCAUACGCUCUCAUUCCCUCUCACCCACUCUCAUACUCUCUCAUUCCCUCUCACCCACUCUCAUACUCUCUCAUACGCUCUCAUCCACUCUCAUCCACUCUCAUACGCUCUCAACCCCUCCCAUCCCCUCUCAUCCCCUCUCAUCCCCUCUCACACACUCUCAUUCCCUCUCACCCACUCUCAAAUGCUCUCAUUCCCUCUCACCCACUCUCAUACGCUCUCAUUCCCUCUCACCCACUCUCUCACGCUCUCAUUCCCUCUCACCCACUCUCAUACGCUCUCAUUCCCUCUCACCCACUCUCAUACGCUCUCAUUCCCUCUCACCCACUCUCAUACGCUCUCAUUCCCUCUCACCCACUCUCAUACGCUCUCAUUCCCUCUCACCCACUCUCUCACGCUCUCAUUCCCUCUCACCCACUCUCAUACGCUCUCAUUCCCUCUCACCCACUCUCAUACGCUCUCAUUCCCUCUCACCCACUCUCAUACUCUCUCAUUCCCUCUCACCCACUCUCAGACUCUCUCAUUCCCUCUCACCCACACUCAUACGCUCUCAUUCCCUCUCACCCACUCUCAUACGCUCUCAUUCCAUCUAA